AUGACUAGCAAACAGGUUUUGUUUCUUGGAUUUGAUGCCCGUUACACCUAUUCUCCUUCUAUGAAAUUUUUUGCAUUUUCAAAUAUCAUUGGAUGUGCCACAUCUGUUGUUUCUCUAUUUCUUGUUUUAAUGAGUUGUCAAAAACCUCGCGAUUCCAACAAGUAUUUUUACUUGUUCCUGAAUGAUUUGAUUACGUUAGGAGGACUGGUGGCUGGAAGUGCAGCAGCAACAGCAAUAGGAUAUGUGGGUAAAUAUGGGCAGAAGCAUUCUGGCUGGGAGCCAAUCUGUGUCUUUGUUACUAAGUUCUGUCACAAAGUUACUGUCAGUUUGACAUUAUCUUACAUUGCCAUUAUUAUCUGCCUUUGCCUCACUAUAAUCUCGGCACACCAAUCAAGACAGAUUAAAGCUUAA